CUUGGGUGAGUUGGCAGGACCUGAGGCCUAGGCUUUGGCCCAGUUCCCGACUUCCAGCGCUGUGCUCCGCUCCGCUGGUUGAGCCCCGCCCGUUGCUGCAGGUGCUGACAAACCGCACUUUCUUCUUUUGCCACUUCUUUGGGGAGGCCCGAGAGGUGUCCCGCGCCGGGGCAAGGCUGCUGUUGGGCAGAGGUGCCAGGGCGCCAGUCUGAGGGGGCUGCCUGGAAGGGGUGCAGGGGCGCCUACCUCUCUCUGGUGGACUUUGAGAUUCAGACACCCAAGUCUCCAUGGCUCCUUACCGCAUCCGCAAAUAUCAGGAGAGCGACCGCCAACGUGUCCUGGACUUGUUCUCCCAGGGCAUGGUCCAGCACGUCCCCACGACCUUCCACCACAUCCUGAAGCUGCCUCGAACACUUGUGUUCUUGCUUGGGGUGCCCCUCGCCCUAUUCCUGGUCUCUGGGUCCUGGGUCCUGGCCCUGCUGUCUGGCCUCACCCUCCUUGCUGCUGUGAGGUUCCUUGCCAAAUACCCCUGGACUGAGUAUGUAGCCCACGCUUUGCACACAGACAUGUCUGACAUCACCAAAACCUACCUCAGUGGGCCUGGCUCCUGCUUCUGGGUAGCUGAGUCUGAGGGGCAGGUGGUGGGCACAGUGGGAGCUCUGCCUGUGGAGAAGCCCACCCUGCAGAAGAAGCAGCUGGAGCUGUUUCACUUAAGUGUGUCCUUGGAGCACCGGGGCCAGGGGAUAGCAAAAGCCCUGGUGAGGACUCUCCUCCAGUUUGCUCGGGACCAGGGCUACAGUGAGGUUGUGCUCAGCACCACCAUGCUGCAGUACUCGGCCAUAGCCCUCUACCAGAGCAUGGGCUUCCGGAAGACGGGCCAGCACUUCUUCAAAAGCUGGGCACUAAUUGCUGUUGCUAUAUUAGAAUUUACUUACCAGGUCCCUUCUGCUCAGGUCUCUCAGGCACCAUAGCAGAAAGGGGAGCUGUCAUCUGCAUCCUGGUGCAUCUGUCAGGACAGGAUGGGCUCUGCAGCAGUAACAAGCUAACUGAGUUCUCACUGUAACAGUAAAAGCUUUUGUUUGUAAACAUCGAAGCCCCUGGGGGGCGGGUGGGGGGUGGUUCUGCUCCUUUCUGUCUUUUUGGGUCAUCACUGUUGCAUUUAUCUAGUGACACAAACAUUGCAUAAAGUCAAUCACAAAAGCAUAAUAAACAUUUACUCGGUU